AUGAUGGAGCAAUAUUUACCAGAAAUGCAGAGCACGCUGGAGCCAGUCAGUCUGUCAGAUGAUGACUCUUCCAAGUCCCCAGAAAAUGAGAAGUCUGAUAAAACCUCUGGAAUGGAGGACUGCUCAAGCAUCAGUCUUGCUGGAGAUGAUGCCACUGUCUUGGAAAGGGAAUCAAGUGUGUUGCCCUUGGAUCAGGAUUCAAGCAACAAUGAGGCCCACACAGAAGGACAGCAGCAGUGUGGAGGGGCUGACUGUGCCAAUACCUGCUGUGAAACAAAGGUAGAGAGCUCCACAAAGAUAGAACACUUCCCUAGUGAAGAACUUGAACGACAUGAUGCAAAAACUAAUCAGACAGAACGAUCAUUAAUGGACAUACUAGAGGACCUAAGUGAGGAGUCUGACUUUGUGAAGAAAUCGUGUGAUAAAAUCUAUUCAGAAAGCCUUUAUGACACAGACUGCACAAAGAAGCUUAUUUCCACAAUACAUCAGACUUCCUCACAGGAGGAUUUGCUAAAGGAAAUAGAGUCUGAACUCUUAUCCACAGAUUUUUCAAAGGCACGAAAGCUCCCAAAUGGUGUGCAGAAGGGGGAACAUGCUUUGGCUGUGUUUGAAAAAUGUGUGCAAGAUAAAUACCUGCAGCAAGAACAAACUAUAAAAAAAUUGAUUAAAGAAAAUAAAAAACAUCAGGAACUGAUUUUGGAUAUUUGCUCAGAAAAGGACAACUUAAAAGAUGAAUUGAAAAAACGAACAGAAACAGAAAAGCAGCACCUCAGCAUAAUUAAACAGCUGGAAGCAAGAAUAGAAGAGCUUAAUAAAGAAGUGAAAGCUAGUAAAGACAAACUUGUAACUCAAGAUGCAGCAGCCAAGAAUGCUAUUCAGCAGUUGCAUAAAGAGAUGGCCCUUCGAAUGGAGCAGGCAAACAAGAAAUGCGAAGAAGCACGUCAUGAAAAGGAAACUAUGGUGAUGAAAUAUGUCCGAGGGGAGAAGGAAUCACUUGACCUCCGCAAGGAGAAGGAGAUCCUUGAGAGAAAAGUGCGAGAUGCAAACAAAGAAAUAGAAAAGCAUACCAAUAAAAUCAAACAGCUUUCUCAGGAAAAAGGAAGAUUGCACCAGCUCUAUGAAAAUAAGGAUGGUGAAGCCACUCGACUCAACAGAGAAAUAGAAAAAUUGAAGGAAGAAAUCAAUUCUCAUGUUAUCAAAGUGAAAUGGGCUCAGAACAAAUUGAAAACAGAAAUGGAUUCACACAAGGAAACCAAAGAACGCCUCAAAGAUGCAAUGACAAAAUUAACUGAAGCAAAAGAAGAAGCAGAUCAGAUAAGGAAAAACUGUCAAGAAAUGAUAAAAUCCUAUCAAGAGUCAGAAGAGAUUAAACCAAAUGAAUUCGAUGCAAGACUCCGAGUGACUAAAGGAGAGGCAGAAAAACAAAAUCAGGAGAAGUCUGAUCACCUGGAGGUGCAUCAUGCAAAAAUAAAAGAACUGGAAGACCUGAAGAGAACAUUUAAGGAAGGUAUGGACGAGCUCCGAACGCUGAGAACAAAGGUAAAGUGUCUAGAGGAUGAGCGUUUAAGAACAGAAGAUGAGUUGUCCAAGUAUAAAGAAAUAAUAAAUAGACAGAAAACUGAAAUUCAGAAUUUGCUAGACAAAGUCAAGACUAUAGAUCACCUGCAGGAUCAACAUCAGAGAGAUGAACAAGAAAUCAAUGCUUUAAAGGAAGAAGUAGAUGGUUUCAAUUCUCUGGUUGCUGAUCUUCAGAGGGACAUUGAAGGUAGUCGGAAAAGAGAAUCUGAGCUAUUGAUAUUCACUGAAAAAUUAACCAGUAAGAAUGCACAGCUUCAGUCUGAAAACAAUUCCUUGCAGAGCCAGUUGGAUAAGCUUUCUUACAGCGAAAGAGAGCUGCAGAAUCAGCUGGAAUGUGCUCAACAGACUAAAGAUGAUCUGGCCAGCAAGUUACAGAAGGAGGAGGAUCAGCGAAAGCUAGAGGUUGAGACACUACAGGCUCAGCUGGCUGCAGAGCAGGAAGAGCUAACAGCACUGAAGACCCACAUGGAUGAACUCAAAGAUGACCUGGCUACACAGAAGCGCAAGCAUGCGGCGAACCUCAAGGAUCUCACAAAACAACUUCAGCUAGCACGGAGGAAAUUGGAUCAGAUGGAAAAUGGUAAUUAUGACAAAGAAGUCAGCAGCAUGGGGAGCCGUUCCAGUUCAUCAGGCUCCCUUAACGCGCGGAGCAGCAACGAGGAUCGGUCACCUGAGAACACUGGGUCUUCAGUGGCUGUGGACAGCUUCCCAGAGGUGGACAAGUCUGUCCUGGUUGAAAGAAUAUUAAGGCUACAGAAGGCACAUGCUCGAAAAAAUGAAAAGAUGGAGUUUAUGGAGGAUCACAUUAAACAACUGGUGGAGGAAAUCAGAAAAAAAACCAAAAUUAUUCAGAGUUACAUUUUGCGAGAAGAAGCUGGAACACUGUCAUCAGAGGCCUCUGACUUCAACAAAGUACACCUGAGUAGACGGGGUGGGAUUAUGGCAUCCCUGUACACAUCUCAUCCUGCAGAUAGUGGUCUCACAUUGGAACUCUCCUUAGAGAUAAACAGGAAGCUACAGGCUGUGUUAGAAGAUACGUUACUGAAAAAUAUCACGUUGAAAGAAAACCUCCAAACUCUAGGAACAGAAAUAGAACGACUGAUUAAACACAAGCAUGAACUGGAACAGAGAAUAAAGCAGACAUAACUAAAACUUCUAUGGACUAACUAACAUGAAGAUGCAGAAGAGGCAGGUGCUCUAGACCACUGUUUUUUACAUUUU